AUGGCUCGUGACAGCCCCGAACCGAACAUAUGGUCGAUACGAUAUCCCGACUGGGAUACAACUAGGGAGGCCUUCGAGAACGACGAAAACUCACUACCGAAACCACCCCCUGCGACAAUCGACAGGCUUCUGUACCGCGAGACUUUGCAAAUGAGAGCCCUUGGGGGGCUACGAGCGUCAGAAUACGGAGCUCUGCAAGACAUUGAUGCAUAUGGACCAGCCUGCCGCGUGUCGGAGCUGGCAGGUGCCAUUGAAAACGAAAGCGACCUUGAGUUUGUCGAAGUGGAUGAAACAAAGUGGUUCAAGAUCUUCCGAAGAGAGAGAUGGUCAAGCUACAAGCACCCCGACCCCAGUGGGCUUUCAAUCGACAUUGACGACGACGUCACCUGGGCAAAGCUGAGCAGGGUUCUCGAGAUUGCGAAUAGAAUUUUGACAGAAGCGGUCAGUCAUGAAUGGUUGGCAAGUUUUCUCAAGCAGGACUCCCAUGAAAUUCGACGGGAUGUCAUGGUAGGGUCCAAGAAUGCAAAGCCUCGAAAGGGUACCAUCAUCCGCGUCAAGCCGGUCAGCCCCGAAUCCCGUCUUAGUCCAGCAGAAGCUCGAAAAGUCCUUGACGACAUCGCCGACACUUUCUUUUGGGGAUUCUUUCUUCGAGAGGAAUGGCCCGCAGCUAUUGGAUUGACGAUGAGGCACAUUGACAAGGAGGGGAGGCAGCUCAAGUGGAUGCGUGUUGGUAUCGAGUAUUUCCAGCCGUUGUUCCGAAACAUCAAGUUCCAGGACCCUGAAGGCCGCCAGGCGGCAUUUCUAGUGACCAAGACUCAUGGUAUAUCUGGCCACAUGCACAGAUCGUAUCUCGAUAAGCAUCCGAAGGAGCCCCUCUUGGCAACCGAAGUUUUCUGGGACGAAGAAAGGUAUGCAGAGGCAGGCAUUUCUUGGGAAAUGUCAUUCUUUGGAUUCUCCUUGAAGGACAUCUACGGUGGUCCCCACAAUGAUCGUCAUACCCUCUUCGGUAUACGUGCCCCUUGGCCAGCUUUCUGCGUCUCAAGCUUCGGUCACAUGGAUACCUACGAUAAAGGGCCUCUCACGGAACCAUUUCGAGAAUAUAAGCCCGGCAUACCUGCCAUCGUUCUUUGCGCGAUGACAACGUCCGACUUCUGGGAGACGCAUGUGCGAAAAUACGGAUACAAGGCACUGAGAUACAAGGGGGUCUGUGUUUCUGAACGGUUUUGGGAGAGCCAUUAUCAAGACGCCGCACGAACCUCACGAGCCAGGAUUCUUGACCCCCCUUAUUCGGGAUACGGCCGCCUUGAUCUUAGUAUGAGAAUGAUUGCGCAGCGUUUGAGAUUAAGACGACUGGAGCUCCGACGACUGAGGCCAUGGUACAAGGAAGAAUACACCAAAUGGCAUACUACGAUUUAUGCCGAGACUCAACUGCGAUCAAGAUUGGCCGACAUUGGGUUUUCGUCUAAAUCCCAUCACGACACACACGAAUCUGACAUUCGGCAUGAUAUCAAGAGCGUCUUGUGGCCAUAUAACCAUAGUGCCGAUGUCGCCAAAUUCAGGCCUUACCAAAGAACGACAUCGAGGUUCCUCUUCCAGGCGUACGCAUAUCUGUGGCUGGCAACGCUGCCCGUCAGGAAGAAGCCUACGCCAUCCAGUCGUCCGACCUCAAGACCACUGCAUCCUGAAAGAAUGAGCAUACCCAAAGCUGCUGGAGGCCAAGAGCUCAUUGGCCUGGCUACUGGCCAGGGAAGCAAAACAUCAGUAGCGACGGUCAAUUACCUGCACAACUCCAAUACCCCAAGCCACGACAAAGAGCUGUGCAUGCAAAACGCCAAACUGUCGUUCUUACGAUGGAAAGUGCUCGGAAAUGUGUCACCCGAGGUGGCUAAGGGUUUCGAGCAUGACUGGCGUGAUAUAAGGAGAAUGAUGGAUCAAUCCCCCUAUGACCAUGGGUGGUUAACUUACAAUUACAACGACUUGCCCACUCACGUCCAUCGAGAGAUGCAUUACCCUAUCGGAGCAUCGCAGGUUGAAAGACUUCCCUUGAACAGGAAUGAUCUUGACGACGCCGAUCUUCCGUCGUGGGCAGUCGCGAGACCAGCGAUCGCUCAAGCGCCAGUCCCGUCGCAAGCCAAAUCUGCUGAGAUCGCCCCUCUGCUUCGCCACUACCAUGUAGGCGAGAUUGGUGAUCACCAACGCGUCGGUGGCGGAGUCAAGUGGUUUGUCCACAAAGCCGACGGUGAUGACAGGCAUUUGAUCUACGACUUCAAUCCCUCCGGUCCAGUCCUAAACAGAGUGCUUCGCACGGGAGACAUGAACGAGAAGACCCGCAAAUUGUGUAUGAAAAAUGGGCCCAUUGGACAAGUGAUGCGGUUUAUGCGCACGGAAGAUAUCAGACUGGCUUACAACAGAGACCGCUUGUCAUGCGUAGCCUUUGGUAACCACGUGUUUGAUCUGACAACUGAUCUGAAAAACUUCCAACUACCACAACACAUGCAUCAUUUACUGGUGAUUAUUAAGGCGGUACGACAGGAAAACCCUCUCAUCAGGGCAGUCAAUUUAGGAUUUAAUCCCAAUGUUAUCGUCAACUUCCUUCGACCUUAUCAGAUUGGAAUCAGGACGCAGGAGCUUGAGAGGCACAGCCUUUACCGAUUACGCUGUUUCACGUUGAACGAAGUCAAGUGGCACGUUUACACAGAGGCAGGGAUAUACACCAUCUUCCGAGGGGAUUCGGUAAUAGAUCUUACAGACUUCAUGAAACUUCAUCCUGGUGGUAUGGAGAUUCUGCAAAGCGUCGCCGGAAAAGACUGUACACGUGAAUUUGAGCAGUACCAUCAAUCCCCGACGGGUUUCCUUGGUGUCACUACCCAUGUCUAUCUUGAAAGGUUGCAAGUUGGUCGGAUCGUCCCUGAGCAAAGCCCGGGCGUCAUAUCCCCGGAUCAAAUUGUAAUCCGAAAUCAAGUCUUCGGCCGAAAGGCGAACCUUUCAAUGCUGUCAGAAAUUGUCUUAGAGGGAGUCCGGAGUCUUCUGGCAUCCAAAGAACUUGAAGGAUACUGGGGAAAGGAUGUGACAGCCCAAAUGGACAUAGGAAGUCCGCCUAGAAUACUUUGCACACUAUUUGAUACAAAGUGGUUUGUUGUCGCCAAGGUUGUCGCGCCAAUAGACACACUGCCUUUUAUGGAUGAUCAGAUGUUGGGGCGCAUGGACGGCAAAGUUGAGCCUUGGGGCUUCCAUGAAUCUUACGUUUCUGAUGGCAAGUACAUAUACAGCUUGACUUCGUAUCUUAGAUAUGGAAAGCCUGACCGGUUCAAUGAGCUUUUGAAAGCUCGUGCCGGAACAACGCUCUCGGCCUCAUUACAAGACCAGGAACUGAAGCGAUGGCUGUGGUCAGACUUCCAAUAUCGAAUUAUAGCACAGCAUGGUCCGAAUCAAGUCGCUGAUUUCGAUUGGAAAAGGUCUUUCAGGCCGAUCCCCGAAGAUUCACCUGACUUGAAAGGUGAUGGAUCUUCGAAAGUCACACCUGCUGUGUCGUUCGCUCAAGCUGCUAAAAAGGGCAAUGCGACUAGUGCUUCAAACCAGAUUGUUCAACCAAUCCAGGACGUGGCUGGAACGAAACGCAAGCAGAAUGGGCAGCUUAAGGUACAGAAGAAGAGCAUCAAAGCUGUUACUACGAGCCGUUUUACACUGCCAGAACAAGUAGCUGCAGGCGUGAAACGGAAGAGCUCGCCGACUCCGGUCCGGCCGUACAAGAAGGUAGUCAAAGAAUCUCGUGGCUCUGCUAGUGGUCCUUCGUCUGGGAUUGAAGGCUUAAGCGAAACAGCUCCAAGAGAAGCAGAGAAGCCAAGGCAAGAAUGGGAGUGGAAGGACUUGUACAUGUAUCGAUGA